AAAGCGAGCAGGCCUCGGGGAAAUUGCGAAGGGCGCCCCUCUGCUUUAGAGGCCGAUUUGGGGGUGAAAUUAAGGGGGUGACGCCUCUCCUCAGUGGGCAGCGACGAAGGGAAGGUUCCUGAAAGCGAAGCCAGGGCGAGGACCCCUCCUUCCCUCCCUCAGGGCCUCCAUCCUUGGGCCUUUCUUCCUCUCUUCCUCGGGAGGCUUGGCAUUAUGAGUCAAAGGCAGGUCUUACAAGUCUUUGAACAGUAUCAAAGAGCCCGGACGCAGUUUGUGCAGACUGUUGCAGAACUCGCGACUAGGCCACAAAAUAUCGAAACACUUCAGAAUGCAGGUGUAAUGGCUCUGCUGAGGCCGCUCCUAUUGGAUGUGGUUCCAAAUAUUCAACAGACAGCUGCCUUGGCCCUCGGGAGACUUGCCAAUUAUAACGAUGACCUGGCAGAAGCUGUAGUUAAGGGAGAUAUUCUUCCACAGCUUGUGUAUUCAUUGGCUGAGCAGAAUCGUUUCUACAAGAAAGCUGCUGCAUUUGUAUUGAGAGCAGUUGGAAAACAUUCCCCUCAACUAGCGCAGGCUAUAGUCGACUGUGGAGCACUAGAUACGUUAGUGAUUUGCUUGGAAGAUUUUGAUCCUGGUGUAAAAGAGGCUGCCUCCUGGGCUCUUGGCUACAUAGCAAGACACAAUGCAGAACUGUCACAGGCGGUGGUAGAUGCUGGAGCCAUUCCUCUCUUAGUCCUCUGUAUCCAGGAGCCAGAGAUCGCUUUGAGAAGGAUUGCUGCCUCCGCGCUCAGUGAUGUUUCAAAGCAUUCUCCAGAGUUAGCCCAGACCGUCGUGGAUGCGGGGGCAAUUGCUCACUUGGCUCAAAUGAUCCUCAACCCUGAUGCCAAACUGAAGCGUCAGGUGCUAUCAGCUCUCAGCCAGAUAGCAAAGCAUUCUGUGGAUCUGGCAGAAAUGGUGGUUGAAGCAGAAAUUUUCCCUGUUGUGCUCACAUGCCUGAAGGACUCCGAUGAAUAUGUCAAGAAAAACGCUGCAACUCUAAUUAGAGAGAUAGCAAGGCAUACGCCUGAGCUUUCACAACUUAUCGUGAAUGCAGGGGGAGUUGCUGCUGUCAUUGACUGUGUUGGCUGCUGCAAAGGAAAUAUUAGACUCCCAGGGAUUAUGAUGCUGGGCUAUGUGGCAGCUCAUUCGGAGAACCUUGCCAUGGCAGUGAUAAUCUCCAAGGGGGUUCCACAACUAGCGGUUUGCUUGUCUGAAGAGCCAGAAGAUCAUAUAAAGGCAGCGGCUGCAUGGUCCUUGGGACAGAUUGGGAGACACACUCCGGAACAUGCUCGGGCGGUUGCGGUAGCAAAUGUGUUACCCGUGUUGCUUUCUCUCUAUAUGGCAAGUGAGAGUGCAGAAGAUCUUCAAGUCAAAACAAAGAAGGCUUUGAAAAACAUCUUACAGAAGUGCACUCAUCUGCCAGCACUUGAACCUUUGCUCCACGAUGCUCCUCCUAACAUCCUGAAACACGUAGUAGGCCAGUUCAGUAAGGUUCUGCCACAUGAUUCCAAAGCUAGACGCCUUUUUGUAACAAGUGGUGGACUUAAAAAAGUGCAGGAGAUAAAAGCAGAGGCUGGGUCCCUGCUUCAAGAAUACAUCAACACAAUUAACAAUUGUUAUCCUGAAGAAAUAGUCAGAUAUUAUUCCCCUGGAUAUUCUGAAGCACUUCUGGAAAGGGUAGAAAAUUAUCAGCCUGUUCUAUAAACUUUUCAGUAUUUUUGACAGAAAAUAAUGACUUAUCUGUAACAAGAAAAUAUACUUUGGAAAGUUCUACUAUGGGAGAUAUUUAACCCUCUCUUCUUUUACCAAUGAUUUAGGACAAUAGGUGGAUAUUCCUUUCUGUCUUUAAACCACAGUUUGAUUUUUAGAAGUUCAAGCUUAACAAGAAAGCCUGUCUGAGUUUCUCAAGUGUUGAAGACCUAAGAACAGAAGGUCCAACACUUUUUCUGAAUAUGCCUCUUGUCUUUAGAGCCUAAUCAGGUCCUUAAAACAAAAGAUUAAGUAUGUUAAUAUGUGAAGGAAUUGUAACACCCUCCACCAAGUCCUGGAGUUCUACAUUCUUUGUUUGUGGCAGUGGUCUGCAUGGAAAUUUCAUUUGCAGGUUUGUAUCAGCCAACGUUCAAAUGGUCUCCAUAUGAAUAAACAAGUGACAAACUACA